UGCAAAUUUGCCAAGGGAUGGUUUGUCUGCUCGUCUGCUCGACGUACCUAGUACCUUCUAUCUUGCGUAGGCAUGCUUUUCUCAACUGCUUUCAUGUGAAUGCGCUCAAAGUGGUUUUGCUUACCUUCUGGAGCAGUGCUGCCACGAAGAUCAAGGCGCGGCACGAAUCUAAUCUGGCAAUCGAAAGUUAUAGUUGCAUCCGAUCUCUUCUCCGGAGCAACAUACCGGUCGUGUUCGAGGUUGUGCUACUACGACGAAGUACCGUGGUGCCGUUUCCAGAUCAUGGAAACUAUUAGGCAUCACGGUGCACUCUAAAGUAAAUCUUUCAGCGGCGAUUGCCAGUCAGGUUCAUGUGGUCUGCGCAGGCUGGCCAGGGCAGCGAUGGAUGGUGCAAGAACAACGAACGGCGUGCAGCAGAGUCCGCCAAGGCAGCAUUCAACGUUGAAUGGCAGACCACCAACCAUGGAGACGGGAGGAGCAUUCUCUCCUUCCAGAAAGCUGUGUCGGGUUGGUGGAUGGAGGUGCACGGUGGAGGAAAGACAAGCACCAGUACCACUCCUGCCACCAUUCCGACCACCAUAGAAGAACCCCCGGGUUGUUCCAAGGUGGGCUCUCACAGUGAAGUGGGGAGCUUUGACUGCGAGAGGAGCAAGGGUGACCUCUCUCCUCCAGAAGACAGGCUGUUUGUACCGCAAUGGAAGACUGCUCAAGUGAAAAGUCAGCACCGAUGCCGUUUCUGCCCUUAUUCCAGCCGCUAUAGGGCGUCCAUCACCGUUCACGAAAGGAUUCACACGGGCGAAAAGCCGUUCAGAUGCCGGAGCUGCCAGAAGGCGUUUGUGAAAAGGGGCGACUUGGUGCGUCACGAGAGAAGUCACACCGGAGAGCAACCAUACUUGUGCGAGGUCUGCGGAAGGAGGUUUACAAAGAAAUGGAAUUUAGAUGUCCAUCGGAAGAGGUACAACCACUAGCAACAGAUGCACACUGUGUGGUAAUGGCGGAGACGGUUUGAACAGAGGACUUGUUCCAAACUCCGCUGUGUGUUCACACCUGCCAAUAAACCUGUGGAUUCUAUA